CGAAGAGGAAGACUGGUGAGGAGGAGGAGCAGAGUGGGGGGACAGUAAGAGUUUAUGUGCUCAGGAAAGGGGCCGCCCACACUCCCGGGGAGGGACAAGCCUCUGAGGAGGAAACUCGAGGGAGGAGACGCUCGAGAAGAGGGCAGACUGCAGACAGGUGGCGGGGCGCCCGGGGCUGCCAGGAAAACCGACCCAGAGCUCCGAUGACAGCCACCUUUCCUCCGCGCGACUCCAAGCCGGUGAUCCCCACUUCCCUGCAUCUGAUCCUGGGCGUUGAUUUCCUGCCAGGAUUUCUCUCCCAGAGUAAGAAACAAAGCGCCCCCAACGUGCUGAAUGCUCAGGUCUCCUAGGAAGAACGUGACAUUGGCUCUGUAUACCAGGAGCGGGAGCCUACGUCUAGUGACUUGAGAAUGGUCCGAUGUGCAAAGCAAAAUGCAUUCUUGAAAACAGAUUUGUUCCGCUGCAAAGAAAUUUUACCUGGACAAAGCUGGUUCUUGAUCUUGGAUUAUGGAGCUUUGUGGUGCAAAAAGACUUGGUUAUUUUGGAAGAAGUCAGUUCUACAUUGCUUUGAAACUUGUAGCUGUUGCCCAGUCUGGUUUCCCUUUAAGAGUGGAAAGUAUAAACACAGUGAAGGAUCUUCCUCUGCCAAGAUUUGUUGCUUCAAAGAAUGAACAGGAGUCUCGCCAUGCAGCCUCAUAUUCUUCAGAUUCUGAAAAUCAAGGGUCUUAUUCUGGUGUGAUUCCCCCACCACCUGGCAGGGGGCAAGUGAAAAAGGGGUCCUUAAGCCAUGAUACGGUUCAGCCUCGUACAUCUGCAGAUCCACAGGAACCUGUAUCCCCAGUAGUUUCACCACAGCAGUCCCCACCCACUUCUCCACACACGUGGAGGAAGCACAACCGUCAUCCCAGUGGGGGGAAUAGUGAGAGGCCUCUUGCAGGACCUGGGCCGUUUUGGUCUCCCUUUGGUGAAGCACAAUCAGGUUCUUCUGCUGGUGAUGCAGUAUGGUCAGGGCAUUCUCCACCUCCACCUCAAGAAAACUGGGUCAGUUUUGCAGAUACUCCACCAACCAGUACUCUAUUAACCAUGCAUCCUGCUUCUGUCCAGGACCAGACAACAGUACGAACUGUAGCAUCAGCUACAACUGCCAAUGAAAUUCGUAGGCAAUCCAGUAGUUAUGAUGAUCCUUGGAAAAUAACAGAUGAACAAAGACAGUAUUAUGUAAAUCAGUUUAAAACCAUUCAGCCUGAUCUAAACGGAUUUAUUCCAGGAUCUGCAGCUAAAGAGUUUUUUACAAAAUCAAAACUUCCUAUUCUUGAACUUUCUCAUAUUUGGGAACUCUCAGACUUUGAUAAAGAUGGUGCAUUGACACUGGAUGAGUUUUGUGCUGCUUUUCAUCUGGUGGUUGCUAGGAAGAAUGGCUAUGACUUACCAGAAAAACUCCCUGAAAGCUUAAUGCCCAAACUGAUUGAUUUGGAAGAUUCAGCAGAUGUUGGGGAUCAGCAAAGUGAGGUAGGUUAUUCAGGCUCUCCUGCUGAGGCACCUCCAAGCAAGUCACCCUCAAUGCCGUCACUAAACCAGACUUGGCCUGAGCUGAAUCAGAGCAGUGAGCAGUGGGAGACAUUUAGUGAACGCUCUUCAAGCUCACAAACUCUGACCCAAUUUGAUUCUAACAUUGCACCAGCUGAUCCUGAUACUGCUAUUGUUCAUCCAGUUCCCAUUCGUAUGACUCCAAGUAAAAUCCACAUGCAGGAAAUGGAACUUAAAAGAACUGGCAGUGAUCAUACUAAUCCCACUAGCCCAUUACUUGUGAAACCAUCUGACCUUUCAGAAGAAAAUAAGAUAAAUUCAUCAGUGAAAUUUGCUUCUGGAAAUACUGUAGCAGAUGGUUACAGUAGUUCAGACUCCUUUACUUCUGACCCAGAACAGAUCGGGAGCAAUGUAACUCGUCAAAGGUCUCAUUCAGGAACGUCCCCUGAUAACACUGCACCACCGCCUCCUCCUCCAAGGCCACAGCCCUCUCAUUCUAGAUCAUCAUCUUUAGAUAUGAAUCGGACCUUUGCAGUCACCACAGGACAACAACAGGCUGGAGUUGUUGCCCAUCCUCCUGCAGUGCCUCCAAGACCACAGCCCUCACAGGCUCCUGGUCCCAUUGUGCAUCGCCCAGUGGAUGCCGAUGGCCUAAUAACUCACACUAGUACCUCACCUCAGCAGAUACCAGAACAACCAAAUUUUGCAGAUUUCAGCCAAUUUGAAGUAUUUGCUGCAUCAAACGUGAAUGAAGAACAAGAUGAUGAUGCCGAGAAACAUCCAGAGGUCUUGCCGGUUGAAAAGACUUCUGAUCCUGCAAGUUCUCUUCGAGUUGCCAAAACAGAUAGUAAAAUUGAAGAAAAGACAGCUGCUAGUGCUCCCGCCAAUGUGAGCAAAGGCACAACACCUCUCGCUCCACCACCUAAACCUGUUCGAAGAAGAUUAAAAUCAGAAGAUGAACUAAGGCCAGAAGUCGAUGAACAUACACAAAAGACAGGUGUCUUAGCUGCUGUUCUUGCAUCACAGCCUUCUAUUCCUAGAUCUGUUGGGAAAGAUAAGAAAGCUAUUCAGGCAUCAAUUAGACGCAAUAAGGAAACCAACACAGUUUUGGCCAGAUUGAAUAGUGAAUUGCAGCAACAAUUAAAGGAUGUUCUUGAGGAGAGAAUUUCCCUGGAAGUUCAACUGGAACAGCUUCGACCAUUCUCUCACCUAUAAGCCAAUUGCCGUUAACUGUGAACAUACCCAUUUUUAAGCGGUUUUGGGUUCAAAGCCAAUUUGGAGACCCAAACGUUCAGCUCACUGCUUAAUUCAACAUUAAAUUUUAUGAUUCUGUUUUGCCCUAUAUGUUCACCAUUGUAUUUAAGUUUCUUUUAUUUUUUAAUUUCAACAAUAAAAGGGUCAGGAUGACUUUUUCUGGA